GCCGGGUAAAGUUACAGGACCUUUGAAACAGGACAAAUCGCUGAUAAGUUGCAAGAUCAACUUGAUUUUAUGAAGUUUGUCGGUCCGUCGCCUCGCUUGAUAGUGCUACACGAGGUCCGUCGGCUACUUUCUCACCAGUCCGGAGAAAUUACCAAUCAGAGCAUGGCAUAUCAGGCUCCUUUCCAAAUAUUAUAGUAUUUGACUUUCAUGUCGACGUUGUUCGAGAAUAAAAACUAGUGAAUCCCCUCUGUUGAGACGAGUUGGAAAAAAGUAUCAUCAACUUCGCCCGCGUCUCGGUACAGGCCACCUUAAUCCAUCAUGCGCUUCCAAACCCUCUCCAUUGCCACUCUUGCAGCGGUUGUCAGUGCCAACACCAACCACGAUAUCAGUUUCAUGACAGGCGACCCCUUUCAGCCUGCGCUAUGGUCUGCCCCUCAAUGGAACUUCCCUUCUGGUACCUGUCUUCCCAGCCCGGCCUCCGUCAAUGGUGUGCAGAACGGCGGAAAUGCGCCGGACAACUGCAACAUUCUCAAGCUAAACAACCACUGCCCUGCCGAGCCUAAAUACAAUGGCCCUGACACUCCCCUCUGGUCCUUCCCCACGUAUUACGAUCAUCAGCGCUGCAGCACGACUGAGUUCCGUACCGCCUUCAACGUGUACUUCACCAAGGACACUGGCCACAGACAUGAUAUCGAAUGGGUUAUUGUUGUCUGGGGAUCCAACGACGGUGGCAAGACCUUCUACAGAAACAGAAUGAUUUUUGAACAGGACGGCAGUCGCCCAUCUAAGCAGUGGGGAGAUAUCCAAAACACUUUUGACAACCAAAGCGACCAGCUCAGCCUCGGACAAAAGUUCCAGAACCACGCUCGUAUCUUCGUCGGGAAGUUCCAUCACCCGAUGUUAGACGAUCGGUACACGCAGUUUAAGAACACCUGCCCGAUCAGGUCCGAGGCCGACUACCGCACCAAUGACUUCUACUUCUGGUCCAACCAGAACCUUCAGCACGUCAACACUAUUCCUGAAAACUGGAACUUCUCGCCCGCUGCAUGGGCCCGUGGCCAAGAUAUUUGCAACAAAUAACGUAGAUCUAGCCUAUGAAUUGGUAUCCAUAGGCAGGCCUGUGUAAACCUAGCACUCUGGCUUGUGGAUAAAGGGAUUCUUUAGCAACUGCAUUGGAAUGGAAGUCCCUGGCAUUCUUAUUACUGGUUUUCCCACGGGGUUUUUCCAGCAUUCAAGCACAAAUGUGGAGGAUGGGCGGAUUUAGAUACAACAAUGCAUUCC